AUGCGUGGAAGCACUCGAAUUGGCACACACCACGUCCUGCGAGGCAUCGCUUGCCUGACAUCGAGCGACAACCCAACGGAUCCAGACAUCCUACGCAGCAUCUUCGAGACCUCCAAAGUGGCACUGACGUUUGCUUCGCCCGCUUCCAUUAUGCUGCAGCUUCCAACUUGCAAGCCGCCGAACGUGACUCAAGCAAAGGUUGGCGAAGGAGAUGACGAGAAGGAUGAAGGAACCGAGUCGGUUGAAGCGAUCAUCUUGGAUGAUCCCACAACGUCGGUGCUUGAUGAUCACUGGCUGCAUCCCUGCCAGUGCAUUCCCCCAGGAUGGGGCAUCGAGCUACCUGUUCAAGCAGAGGCGUUGGAAGAUUUACCCGUCGGCUCUGAGAUGGCCUUCUUUGCGCCGCCCUUUGAGAUCGUCGCGGGCGCAUUUGUGUGCGAUGAGAAGUUCCUUCUGAACGUUUUCUUCGCCACAGCCACUGAGACAUUGGAGCCGGAGCAAUGCGAAGCCAAAUGUGGCAAAGAUCCCAACUGUCAGUUUUUCUGGGCUGGUGAGGUUUUGGGGCGUGCCCAGUGCUGGACAUUCCGCAACUGUCGCACACUCUUUCGGGUCAUGGGCGCAGAAGGCGUACUCUCUGCUUGGGAAAAGAAGCAGCGAGUCUGCCGCCUGGCAAACCCAGAGCUCUGCUGGGUGGCCACCAAGCGUCGACAGUACUUGGAUCUUGCUAUAAAUGGCAACCCGGCCAACUCAUAUUUGCCAGACUGUUUGCACCAGAAUCUUUUCGAGCAGUGCGACCAUCAGUUGAUGCUGGGCGGUGCUGGCAUCAAACAAGGUGAGGGCUGCGGACCCUGCAAGUAUGCCGCGGUCGAUAACAAUGGAGAUUAUGCUGCGAGACCGCCGUUUGCAGACAUUGCCGGUCAGUUGUCGGUUGCGGCGAAUGGGGAUGCCGACGCCGAUCUGUUGCCGGAUCUAGCGCCCAACGAAGUUUGGGGCAAUCCGUUCGCAAUCUGUCCUUGGAAUGCUGUCGUGGUCGGCUGCAGCACAUACCCCGCGCGAGCAAAAAUGAGCAAGCUUGCAGUGGCUGGAAACGCAUGCGAGGGGCAGUUCCAGUCCCAAAAUUCGGGGAAUAAAGUCAUCGCUUCAUGUUCUUAUGCUGGCCCGACACUAACACUAACCUCCAACAUGGACUAUCCGACGUGCCCUUCAGGGUACACUGCGGUCGGUUGUAUGUGCCAAGAAGUCACAAUGCCAUGCGUCCGAAAUUCCUGGACACCAUGGACCCCGACGAGUUGUUUCAGUGACCAACGUUUCAGCGGCAUCGGCGGCAUUGUAGUGACCACAAUUUGCCAACAGCCAAGCACGGGCUCACGGGAGAAGCGGCCACUGCCAGGCGAGUUGCCACACGGCGCCGCUUUGGUUGCGAAAUGCUGGGAAGAGCCUCGUAAAGCUAUCGCAUGCAGAGCGAUUCGCGACCGCAAAGCGGAACCUUGUGUGCAUGGCUGGGGCAUGGGUCAGGAGUGUUUUCAGUUAAUGCUACUGAGUCAAGACAUUCUCAAGGUUGUACCCCUCGAGUACUCCAACCUUGACGGCAGUGGUCAGCAGGAGCUCUUCAUGGCAACGCGCCGGCAUUUUCAAGCCUUUGCUGGACAGGGCAGCCGCCAAACCUGGCUUGGAGACCAAUGUGCAUCACUUGUGGGGGAGCUCCCUCAGACCGCUUCCACCAUGAAGCGCCAAUUCCGAUCCGAGUGCCCCGGUGUGCACAACACAUGCAUUGACACCCAAGAAGGGCUCAAGUCGCCGAUGCAGCUUUGCUCCGUGGGCAAAGCCGAGCAGCUCUUGAGCGGAAACGAACUGGGUCUUCUGCUCGACAACACCUCGCAGAAGACCACUGGCCCCGAUCAGAUCCAGAAUGGCAACACAAAUCUUCGGAUAGACAUGAUCGGCAAGCUUACUAUAGAUGUUGUCUGCCCGAAGCAGCAAGGUUUGAGGAAAAUUGGCUUCGGACAGACGCAAUCCGGGACUGACGAGGUCCGGCUCGGAAUGUCAGGAAUGUGCACUGCAGCCAACACAGGGACGCAGAGCACUGCGCAUGAAGCACCAGAGGCGGUUCGUUUCAGAAAUGUCUUCACCUCUCAGUGUCUCGAGCAUGCGCCGUGCCCGUCGGCGACCACGACAACGUGCCUGUCAAUGAAGCUGAGUGAGUGCUCGGAGUCUGAUAAGCAGCGGUUUUUCGUCAAGGACAUGGAUGACUAUGUUGAGUGCGGGAAUUGCGUGAGACUCUUUGAAGACCGUGAGCUGAAGAAGGAGGUUCAUUCCCAACUGCCAAAGUAUUAUGUCGAAGCAAGACUUCGGGAUCAAGUACCUCCAUCGAGUGUAUUUCCCGGGUCGCCGUUUUUUGGCGAAGGUAUGAACGGAUGCAAGAGCGACUGUGGUCGGGGCAACGACGCCAUGAGCUCUCGCAUCAGCUCGCGCAACGAGGAGGUCAUGCCCGCGACCACAUAUUUCACGAUAGACCGGGUGAGCAAAACGCGUGCAUUCUUGGCGGCCAAUGUGAAGGCCAAAGUGCCGCAAGGUUUUGUGCCCCUAUUCACACCUGUUACAUAUUCGCGUGGUUCGGUGGCAUAUGCCAGGACGAGCAGAAUGUACUUUGCCGCACUUCCUGAAAAGCUUCAAUUUUACGAAUGGACACCCACAAUGGUGGUGGCUUCGGCUGAUGCCUUUUCGAUUGGCACACGAGAUUACGACGAGGAGCGUCGGACCAAGGAUCUGACCGGUCAAGAAGGCUGGCGGCGCACCCUGCCACCAGGGAGCGGCCAGAUCGGCGAAGUGAAAUGGGAAUGGCAAGUCAUCUCGUUUGCCGAGCCGUUGGUGUUGAGCUGCAGAUCCGGCGACGAGGUCAUCACCAGUUUUCAUAGACAAAACAGGACCGGGACAAGGGGCCGGGAGGAAUCAUCUUUGUAA